AACAAAUUUGUUUGUCCCCUGUGAUCCAAAAAACGUCCAAAAUGUUGGCGUCUUGUACCAACGGAACUUUAGACUUAGAUGCUCGUCUCUGCCACAACGAUUCCCUUUGGCAGAACGUCUCCGACGAUUCUGGCAUAGACACAUGGGCAAUUCAACGUAUAGUAUCCACAGUAGUCCCUAUUUUCUUCACCAUCAUCGGCCUGGCUGGACUUCUAGGAAACGCCCUUGUGGUCCUAGUGGUAGCCCUUAAUCCUGGCAUGAGGAGCACCACUAAUAUCCUCAUCAUCAAUCUGGCAGUAGCAGAUCUCUUGUUUGUGAUAUUUUGUAUCCCUUUCACUGCAACUGAUUAUGUCCUGACAGCCUGGCCCUUUGGGGAUUUGUGGUGCAAGAUUGUGCAGUAUCUGAUUGUGGUGACUGCUCAUGCAUCGGUCUAUACUCUGGUUCUGAUGAGUUUGGAUAGAUUUUUGGCAGUUGUCCAUCCUAUUGCGAGUAUGUCGGUUAGGAAUGAGAGGUAUGCCCUAAGGGCUAUCCUUUUGACGUGGACUGUGAUAUUGACGACUGCUAUUCCGGUGGCGCUGUCGCAUGGAGAAGUCAGAUAUUCCUACGGAAACGAAGGCUACUCUUCGUGUGUUUUCCUAGAAUCGGCAGGAUAUUCUAGACCUGCCUUUCAUAUAUCAUUUUUUGCCUCUUCUUAUGUAAUGCCUUUGACUUUAAUAUCAUUUUUAUAUAUGAGGAUGUUGGCAAGGCUUUGGAGAGGACCUAUGUCUUCACAUCAUUACAGGGGUAAUGGAGGCAGUGCCGUAGGGGCAGCAAGUUCGAGGGAAUCACGGAGGGGUAAAAGGCGAGUGACUCGCCUUAUCAACAGGUCGCCUUCGUCCGACGCCCACACUGCCGUCGAUUUUACUGAAACUCAACAAGUUGUGGUUUCUGCACUUUUAAUUUACCGAUUUUUUAAUUAA